AUGGCCAUGGUCUCUGCAAUGUCCUGGGUCCUGUAUUUGUGGAUAAGUGCCUGUGCUGUACUGCUCUGUCAAGGCUCCCUUCAGCAAACCUUCCAGCAGCAUCAGCAUCUGCCCAGACCAGAAGGAGGAACGUGUGAAGUUAUAGCGGCACACAGAUGUUGUAAUAAGAAUCGAAUUGAGGAGAGAUCACAGACAGUAAAGUGUUCCUGUCUACCGGGGAAAGUGGCUGGGACAACACGGAACAGACCAUCAUGUGUUGACGCCUCAAUAGUCAUCGGGAAAUGGUGGUGUGAGAUGGAGCCCUGCCUAGAGGGUGAGGAGUGCAAGACAUUACCUGACAAUUCAGGGUGGAUGUGUGCAACUGGCAAUAAAGUCAAGACCACCAGAGUAAGUUGA